UGUUUAUACCAAGUUCCUCAAUCGCAAAAGUAACCAUCACUCGCAGUCAAAAGAAGAACAUUUUAAUGUUUUCUCUGAUGAAUCCCAUCCUGUCUAGACAAAUCUCUUCUUUAUUUACAUCAGUAAAUCACCAGAUGUGAGGAGGGUGAAACGCUGUCAUGAAAAAAGUGUUGCCUUUGGUUUUCCUGUUUCAACUUUAUGGUCAAAGUUUGUGCCAAAAUGGAACCAGACCCAACAUUGUGAUGGUGAUGAGUGAUGCAUUUGAUGGGCGAUUGACCUUUGACCCUGGCAGCAAAGUUGUGCGGCUGCCAUAUGUAAACUACCUCAGGGAGCUUGGUACCACAUUCCUCAAUGCUUACACCAACUCACCCAUCUGCUGCCCCUCAAGAGCAGCCAUGUGGAGCGGUCAGUUUGUUCACCUCACUCAGUCAUGGAACAACUACAAGUGCCUGGAUGCUAACGCAACAACAUGGAUGGAUUUGCUGGAGGCAAAUGGAUAUCUUACCAAGAUGAUGGGCAAGCUGGACUACACCUCAGGGAGUCACUCUGUCAGUAAUCGAGUUGAGGCCUGGACACGCGAUGUUCAGUUCCUCCUGCGCCAGGAGGGCCGACCUGUUACGCAACUUGCUGGGAACAUGUCAACAGUAAGGGUCAUGAGAAAAGACUGGGAAAACACAGACAAGGCUACGCAGUGGAUUCAACAGAGAGCUGCAUCCUCACACCAGCCCUUUGCUCUUUACCUUGGCCUCAAUUUACCUCACCCCUAUAAAACUGAAUCCUUGGGGCCCACUGCUGGAGGAUCCACCUUCCUCACCUCACCAUACUGGCUGGGAAAGGUGUCUUCUGAGCUCAUCACUGUUCCUAAAUGGCUGCCUAUGGCGGCCAUGCACCCGGUUGACUUCUACUCUACCUUCACCAAAAACUGCAGUGGUGUUUUCACAGAGGAGGAAGUCAAAAGCAUAAGGGCCUUCUAUUAUGCCAUGUGUGCUGAAGCAGAUGCCAUGCUGGGCCAGGUGAUUUCAGCUCUGAGGGAGACUGGCCAGCUUAACAACACUGUUGUGAUUUUCACGGCUGACCACGGAGAGCUAGCAAUGGAGCACCGGCAGUUCUACAAGAUGUCAAUGUUUGAAGGAAGCUCCCAUGUUCCCCUGCUGAUCAUGGGACCUGGGCUGAUGUCUGGCCUGCAAGUCAACCAGCUUGUGUCUUUGGUUGAUCUCUAUCCUACUGUGCUGGACAUUGCUGGUAUUUCGGCAGUAGGUAUUCUCAGUGGCCACUCGCUCCUUCCACUGCUGUCCAAGGCCAGAUCUUUUUCCAAGAAGCGACAUCCAGACUGGGUUCUGAGUGAAUAUCAUGGUUGUAAUGUCAAUGCCUCUACAUACAUGCUGAGAAGUGGCCGGUGGAAAUAUAUUGCAUAUGCUGAUGGCCUGAGUGUCCCUCCCCAGCUUUUUGACGUAACACUGGACAAGGAAGAACUUCAUAAUGUAGUUAUCAAAUUCCCAGAUGUGCGGGCACAUCUGGACAAGCUACUGCGUAGCAUUGUAGACUAUCCAAAAGUCUCUAACGCUGUCCACCUCUACAAUAAAGAAGCAUUUGGUGCCUGGCGCCACAGUUUGGAGAGAAACUACAGCCAGGUCAUUGCUAACCUCAGGUGGCAUGUGGAUUGGCAGAAAGAUGCAUUAGCCAAUGAGAGAGCUAUUGACAAAUGGCUCAAUGGCUCUUUGUGAUAUUGUUUUACAGUUGUAAGGAUGGUUAACUUUAAGGUGUCUGGGUUUUUUAAAUGAGCUGGGCUCAACUUGGACUGGUGGCUCUAUGGAUCUGUAAUAGUUUUAAUGGAUGGAUAAUCUCAGAGUAUGCUUUUUUUAAUGUCCUAGGCUCACCAUUUAAUUAAAUCUUCACUUAUGCUCAUAUGUCACAUCUCUGAUACACAGACUUUUUAACUGGGAAUUACAUGUAACAUGACCAUGACAUGUAUACUAUAGUCAUGUACAAGUAUCUUAAAUUAUUUCCAUUAUUCAUUUCUUAAUUCAUUCAUUUUUUCUAACAUUCUUUUGAUCAAAUUUGAUUUUCAAAAAGAAAAUAAACAGUUUCUUAAUUACCUUCA